AUGUGGCAUCCAAACUCAGGUGGCAACAAGAAGCUGAACACGACCGAAAAGAUCAUACCGCUCGCUUUUCUCAAAGGUACAGGCCACAAGAGCGUCUACGACAUGUCCGUCAAAGAAUUCGUCGACAACACCACCAAACAUCUCCAUACCGAUCGUGACAUGGUCACCGAGUUCUCUUCCUGGUCUGCGUCGCCUAGAUUUGUCCUUCAUUAUGCCACGUCUCGUAGAGCAAGCGCCUACAUCGCAGUCAUCGACACUCAGGGACUCGAAAUGGAAAAGGGAAACGCCAUGUUCCACGUACCUGCCCUCCAAUCAAUCUUUGGUCGUCCUGCAGCUCGUCGUGGCUCGGUCUACGAGACGUACAACUGGGAAUAUCUCGUGCAUGGUGUUGUCGAGGGCAAACACUACAAGGCAGUCUCGUUCCAAUCCCUCUGUGACGAAGGCUUGACCAAGCAUUUUCCAGCGCUGAAUGGACAUAUUCACGCUUGGGGUGCUGAGAUGUUUCCACUGCCUAACCUCAUCAUACCAUUCAGUCCGGAAGAGCUACACGAACUGGACAAGAUUGCCAAACUUUUUGGACCAGAGUCUGAUAUGCGUGCUGCAAUCACUCUUACGUUGUUUUGCUGCAAGAGACGCACUGACCUCGGUACUCGAUUGGAGGAAAAUGAGCUGCACGAGAUUGUCCAGUACCUUGGUGGCCGCAGCNNAAUGUUCCUCACGAUUGGUGCGACUCUCGCUUGCUCUGCAAUGGCAUCUAUGAUCCCCGCUACGAAGACAACAAGCAAAUGGUCAAUGUGA